AUGCCUAUACGCCCAAGUUUUAAAAAAUGGAUUACAGGGUUAGGCGCAAUAAGUGGUGCGAUGCUCUUUUAUCCAAAUGAUGAUAAUAAUCAACAGUCACAAAAGCACAAUUCUUGGAUAGCACACUCUUCACCUUGGGUCAAAUGGAAUCCGAACUGGGAUAGACGAGACCCAAAGAGCUUAGUAAAACCAAUGAAAAUAAACAAUGAAUCUGACCAAAACACAUAUAACAAGGAAUUAGCAAGCAAAACAACCAAAGCUACACGUCACAUCAUUUUAAUUCGUCAUGGACAAUAUAAUACAGAAGCUAAAACAGAUGUAGAUGGAACACUUACAGAUCUUGGUAGAAAACAAGCUGAUGCAACAGGAAAAAGAUUACAAGAAUUAGGACUGUCAUAUACUUCACUUAUACAUUCAACAAUGACUCGUGCACAGGAAACUGGUAACAUUAUAAAAAAAAGUCUUGAAAAUAUAGUGGUGAAGGAUGAUUCACUUCUUAAUGAGGGUGCACCAAUUCAACCUGAACCACCAUCAUCUCACUGGAAACCUGAAGUAAAUUUUUAUAGAGAUGGACCUAGAAUAGAAGCUGCAUUUAGAAAAUAUUUUCAUCGUGCAGAUUUUAAUCAAGAAAAAGAUUCUUAUACUAUCCUUGUUUGUCAUGCAAAUGUUAUUAGAUAUUUUGUAUGCAGAGCAUUGCAAUUUCCAGCUAAAAGUUGGUUACGUUUAGGCUUGUAUCAUGGCAGUAUUACAUGGAUUAUUAUUUAUCCAGAUGGCAUUGUAACAUUAUGGACUUUUGGAGAUACAGGGCAUAUGAAACCACAGCUGAUUUCAUUAAAAUAA